AUGCAGGGCCGCUACGUCGACGCAGUGCAUUCUUUGAGUGAUUGCCAUCGAGCUCUGCGGACAUAUCGAGAUCAAUCGGAGGAGAUUCGUCGGCUACGCACUUUGAUAUGUGCCAACGACGAGGCUCAGGGGAACUUGGAACGACAGGUGGAUGCUUUGAGGGCUCAGCUUCAUUCGCUCCAAGCCGAACUCAACUCUCUCCGACAGCAGCGUGAUCAGCUGACCAUGGACAUAUCCUUCCUUCACAUAGAUUUUUUGCACUUGAAGGAGCAAUUGGCUCAGUCUCAGGAGGAGAUCGCAGAUGGACUGUCUUCGAUCAGCGAUCUCAUGCAACAAGCGGAGAACGCCAACCUACGUCGUCAGCUUGCGGAACACCUCGAGAUAUACGACCAGUUGCAGGUGGUGGAGCAUGAUCGGGAUCAGGCUAUAGCUGAACACCGAGCUCUCCUCGACACACUGAACAGUGCUAUACUCGGAUCCCGGUCGUCUGCGUUGAUCGCUCGAUCGACGCCUAAGAGUGCUACUCCGGCCGGAUCGCCCCCUGCUCCCACUACCCCGGGAUCGAGAUCGCUUGCCCGUAGGUCCAGAUCGAGAUCGUCCGGCCCGCCUGCCAAGCGUCGGCGUAUUCAACCAAGGUCACAAUCCAGUGAUUCUUCCACCGCCCGUGUGGCUUCCCGGCUAUUGUCGUUGAACCCUUCAAUACCUUUAAACAAACUUCCCGGAUUGGCCCCACCCGAGCCUCCACCCAAUUCUUCUUGUUCUCCGCUUUCGUCCGCGGCUUCUGGGACUGGAUCGGGAAGUGAGGAGCUGACCGAGUCGGAUUCUAGCUCGGAUGAUUUGACUCGUGCUGCAUUAUCCCAAUCGAGAUCGGCCUCUCGUCGUCAACCUAGAUCGGAUGCCCGAUCUUCGACCCCGAACCCCUCUCCGGCCGCUCGGGUUGUUCCCGCUUCUCCCGCAGCUACUGCGUUGGCUCAAGCACUGUUGCGUUCGCCUUCUCCAGACGUUCCGGAGCCUCGUUAUCUUUCGUACCCAUCCACUCCGGUCGCGGCUGUCCCCGUAGUCGAAAUUCAAGAUGAUGGCGGCGUAGAAGACGUGGAGGUAUCGCCGACAGGGGAGACACACAGCGAGACUGGCUCUGUUAGUCCGCCUCCGGAGUCCACUGCGCUUUCGGAUCGCCAUUCGUCCGAUAGCGAAAACAGCAUCACCCUUCCGGCACGCCAAGUGGCUAACAGAGUUUUCUCUUCCGUGGACUUCGACAAUCUUCCGCCACUCCAGCAACCACGGGAUCGGUGGAUUCCCAACUAUCUGGCGCCCUCCCGACGGGUAGCUUCCGAGAUCGCUCCAUGGUCCGUUUCGCGGAUCGCGAUGGUUUGCGUGAGGACCAUGACCAUUGAGCUGUUGUUUCACCACUACUCCAAACCCAGGAAUUUUCUGUUUCCCUUCUACAAUCAUGGACGAGCUCCGCCUACGGGGACUUGGGCUUCUGGGCUGAUCUCGCGGCAACACAUCGAGGCUCUUUACGCUUUAGCCCCUUGGGAUAAUAUCAUAGUCCCAGUGAACCCGAUAUCAUUCACCAUGACUGGAUGGUAUCGUGAUAUGGGUCAUCGGUACCUGGAGCUUGAGUCCACUCAUCGACAAGCUCUGUGGGAAUCUACUCAUGCUUUCCCGAUUCCUCCGGCUCAAAGGCGAUCUGAACGGUUCAUGCAGACAUUCUGGCGCCAACGAAAACAACGCCGUUCUCGCUUUGGAGCGCGUUGGAAGAACUUCUUGAAGAUGAUACUCAGCGGCAUGAUCGCUGGCCACUGUGAUCUCGACAUCUUGCUAGAUCCCUUCUUCCUCCACUAUCCGCGCCCACAUGAAGACCGAGUUUGGUAUCCAGGGUUAGGACACUCUAACGACCCAGCUGACUUGCUAGAGGCGUUGGACAUGGCAGACCAAGAGGAUCCUUGGCGCAACCAGUUCCGUAACGCCUAUUGGGAUCAUCCCGGAUCGCAGAUCCCUCGUCUGCAGGACAAGUUCAAACCUGCUCCAUCGUCUUAG